AUGGCUCGGGCGAUUGGUAUCGAUCUUGGUACAACUUAUUCGUGUGUUGGAAUAUUUCAACAUGGCAAAGUGGAAAUCAUUGCCAAUGAUCAAGGAAAUCGUACAACACCGUCGUAUGUGGCGUUUACCGAUUCAGAACGUCUAAUUGGAGAUGCCGCAAAAAAUCAAGUGGCAAUGAAUCCAAAUAACACUAUUUUUGAUGCCAAACGAUUAAUUGGACGAAAAUAUGAUGAUCUAACCGUACAAGCCGAUAUGAAACAUUGGCCGUUCACUGUUAUCCAGGAAGGUGGAAAACCAAAAGUACAAGUUGCAUAUAAAAACGAAACAAAGGCAUUCACACCAGAAGAAAUAUCAUCGAUGGUGUUAACGAAGAUGAAAGAGACAGCCGAAGCUUAUUUGGGCAGAAAAAUUAAUGAUGCUGUUAUUACUGUACCAGCCUAUUUCAAUGAUUCACAACGGCAGGCAACAAAAGAUGCUGGUGUUAUUGCUGGCUUGAAUGUUUUGCGAAUCAUUAAUGAGCCGACGGCAGCUGCGCUUGCCUACGGUUUAGACCAAAAAGUAGAUAGUGAAAGAAAUGUCUUGAUUUUUGAUUUGGGUGGUGGUACAUUUGAUGUGAGUGUGCUAAAAAUUGCGGGAGGUAUAUUUGAAGUCAAAUCGACAGCUGGUAAUACCCAUUUAGGAGGCGAAGAUUUUGAUAAUCGAACGGUGACGCACUUCAUCGAAGAAUUUAAACGUAGAAACAACAAAGAUUUAUCCCAAAAUAAACGUGCUCUUCGUCGUUUACGAACAGCGUGUGAAAGUGCAAAGAGAACAUUAUCAUCAGCAUCUCAAACAUCAAUUGAAAUUGAUGCAAUACACGAGGGUAUUGAUUUUCAUUCAUCAAUCACUCGUGCUCGAUUUGAAGAAUUGAAUGCCGAUUUAUUUCGUUCAACAUUGGAACCUGUUGAAAAGGCAUUGCUUGAUGCUAAAAUGGACAAAUCACAUAUUCAUGAAAUCGUUCUAGUCGGUGGAAGCACACGUAUUCCAAAAGUACAAAAAGUCCUGCAAGAUUUCUUUAAUGGAAAAGAAUUAAAUAAAUCAGUUAAUCCCGAUGAAGCUGUUGCUUUUGGUGCCGCUAUUCAAGCUGCCAUUUUAACAGGCGAUAAGUCGGAAAAAAUUGAAGAAACAUUAUUGUUAGAUAUUAUACCGCUAUCAUUAGGUAUUGAAACAGCUGGUGGUGUAAUGACACCGGUGAUUAAUCGAAACGCAUCUAUCCCAACUAAACAAACACAGACAUUUACUACCUAUUCAGAUAAUCAGUCGAGUGUUGAUAUUAAAGUAUUCGAAGGUGAACGAUCGAUGACAAAAGAUAACAAUCGACUUGGUAAUUUCGAAUUGUCAGAUAUUCCGCCUGCACCUCGUGGUGUACCCAAAAUUGAAGUAACAUUCGAUAUUGAUGCGAACGGCAUAUUAAAUGUGCUUGCUAUUGAGAAAUCAGCUGGUCGUGAAAAUAGAAUCACCAUUACAAAUGACAGUGGUCGAUUAUCGAAAGAUGAAGUUAAACGCAUGGUGUCAGAUGCUGAAACAUACAAAAAAGAAGAUGAAGCACAGCGUGAUCGUAUAGCUGCGAAAAAUACCCUGGAGUCCUAUUGCUUUAAUAUGAAAACAACAAUGAAUGACAGUACAUUAGUAGCAAAAGUUAAUGGUGAUGAUAAAGCAAAAGUUACAGAAUCGAUUGAUGGUGCAUUGAAAUGGUUAGCAGCGAAUCAAUUAGCCGAAAAAAAUGAAUUUGAACAUAAAUUAAAAGAAUUAGAAAAACUAUGCUCGCCUAUUAUGGCCAAAUUAUAUCAAAAUGAUGAUGGUGCGACUGGAGAAUCGGGUCGAACUGCUAAGGGUAACAGAGGCCCGACAACUGAAGAACUGGAUUAA